CAUAUGAACUCCCCAAAAUACCCCAUUCCCCAAGGCAGGGAACACCCCUGUGAGUGCAGGCCCUGCUGUCCACACCCUGCCGUGUUUAUGCAAGAAAAUACAAUAGGGGUUAACUAUUAUUCUUUUAAAAAUUAGAUUUAUUUUUUUAAAAUAGAUCAUUGCCCGUGUUCCUUGAACAAUUGCAGAAACUUGUGCAGGUAAUGAACAGAGGAGGAGCAGGGCUGGGAGCUCACUGAGCUGCCCUUGCUGUUGGAGUGAAGGUUGUGAGCACUAGGGCUGGUUUACCAGCAAAUGGAUGUUCAUCUUUUCCUCCAGCUGUGGCUGCAUGCUAAUGAUUAUUUUCUCCUUUCUGAGGGUCUGUGAAUAUUGUGAAAAGAGAAAGUGUUGGGAGAAAACCAAUAAACCAAAUUGGCUGGGCACUCAGGCAUAUCUGUCAGGCUUUGGUGGUGGUCUUUGAGCUGAAGGCUUGAUCCAAAGAUACAGAGAAACUGCAGAGUGUAGUGUCUUUCCAGAAAAGUGCCACUUCCCUGUGUUAAGAUGAAUAUGGUGUUUUGAUUUUUUUUAAAAGACACCGUUCAUGAGAUAUUCUGAAAAGGCAAGUUGCUGGUUGUUUUAUGAUGGGAUGUUCUGUCUUGUAUUCUUGUGUUUAGAUGGCAGCAGCAGAGGACGCAGCUGUCCCGUGGGUUCCCAGGGCCCUGCUGCCCUCGGGCUCCCUGCUCUCGACCCCAGCACUCGUGGCUCCCUCUUCUCCUUCCGCAGCCUCCAGUGGCUGAUCCCUAAGCUGGGCAUCAGGGACUUCCACCUACCAAAUGAGGAAUUUGGAGUGCUGAAACUAGAGAAAUUGAAAUCUUGCCCUGUGAAUGACUUGGAGGAUUUUGUGUCUGGGGAUGGUGUGGCUCCAGAGGACACACCAGAUGCACAAACAAAGACAAAAGAAAAAAGUCUCAGGAGUAAUUUGAUUUUGCCUUCCAAACUUGGAUUGCCUGAACUUCCUUGCAUGGAAAGCCUGACUUCCAAGAAGGAGCUUUCCACCCAUGAAUUGCUAUUUACUCCCAUGGGGACUGUCUUAGCUGAGGCUCCCACUCACCCUGAGUCUCAGAUUUCCUCGUCUGUUUUUCCUGCUGUGGGUGCAACCCCAGAUGUUUUACCUUCAGUGCACAGUGAGGUCUUCCCUGACACAUCUGUACCUGCCUUGCCAGCAACCCCAUCUUCCCCCAGAGGGGCAGCUGCCCUGGUCCUGGGGGAUGUGGCACACAGAGACCCUGCUGUGCCACUGCACCCUGACAGCUGUGCUGCAGGGGCUGCCAGAAGCCAGGAGGAGCAAGGUACAACAGUUCCUUCAGCAGCUGAAAGAGGUCCUGAGAAUAAAUCUGAUGAGACUGUGUCCUUGGAGAAUCAUCAGCAGUCAGAGAACAAAGAGCAGGAAUCCUGCAGAGCUUCACCUGAACAGAAAAAAGAUGUAGCAGAGCAGUUGACUCCAGUGCUGCUGGAUGGCCCCAGAGAAGAGAGCUUGCAGUUUGUGUCAGAGCUGAAGGAUUCCUCGUGCUCGUGUGCCGUGGAUGUGAGCACGGUGUGGUGGGCAGCAGCUGGCCGCAGGGAGCUGCGAGUGGUCACUGCCUCCGAGAGCGCCGUGGCCCUCUGGGAGCCCCUGGCACCCGACUGCUGGGGCAAGGUCUACACCUGGCACCUCACAGAGAUUCCUGUAAUCCAGAUUGUUCCUCUGCCAGACACCUGUAACCUUGUAUGUGUAGCGCUGGGAGAGCUGGAGAUUGGAGAAAUAAGGCUCUUACUUUAUUCUUCUGAGACUGACUCAUUCAAGCACUCCCUAGUGAAAACUGGGAACAUAAAAGCAGUUGUUGGGCUGAAGGACCAGAGGCUGGUGAGCAGCAGCAGGACCAUGCAGGAGCAGCAGCUGGAGAUGGUUUUUCUCUCAGAGACAGGGGGGUGCAAGGAGAGGCAGACUCUGAUGGCUCCUGAUGAAACUGUUACAGCCUUUGCUGAAGUGGAAGGGAUGAGAGAGGCCUUGGUGGGCACCACUGCAGGGAACAGUGUUGUGGUUUGGAAUCUGAAAACAGGUCAGCUCCUGAGGAAGAUGCACAUUGGUUAUUCCUACCCAGCUUCCAUCUGCCAUCGAGCGUAUUCUGACUCUGGCCUUCUGUUUGUUGUUUUAAGCCACCCUCAUGCCAAAGAGAGCGAGUCCUGUGGCAGCCCAGCGUUCCGUUUGGUGGCCUUCAACCCCCGCACGGGCCGGAGUGCGGGGCUGAUGUUCUCGUGCCUCCCCCCGGGCCGUGCAGGCAGGUACCUGGAGGGUGACGUGUGGGACACCGCGGGAGCCGCCGUGCUGACGUCGGGUGCCGUGGCCGUGUGGGACCUGCUGCGUGGCCGCUGCACGGCCGUGCUGCCCGCGGGCCCUGCGGGGCGCUGGGCACUGGCUCGCUGGGCCGCCGGUGGGACCGGGCUGCUGGCCGGGAGCCGCAGCGGGACCGUGCACCUGUACCGGUACCGGCCCCCCGAGCCCGGAGCCGCCUGACGGAGCCGAGCGUGGGUGUGUGCGGUGCCAUUAAACGUGCUGCCUUUGGAACGA